AUGGCCGCCUCAUCCACGUCACCAAUCACCACGCGUAAGGCUCGACUUGAUGAUGCCACUCACGUCACCCACCUCGGUGCCCAUGUAUUUACAGUCACUUACGGACACUCACUCGCGGCAGAGGAGCUUCAAGCCUACCUCGAUGAAGCUUACAGUGUCGAAGCCUUCACCAAAGACAUUGUUGAUCCGAACAAAGACCUGAUCCUUGCCGUGAAUUCUGAAGGCAUCAUUGUCGGCUUCGCUCUUUUGACUCGUGGCUCAAGCGAACCUUGCAUCGCUCAUUUGGAGAGAUAUGUCGAACUGCAACGCUUGUAUGUGAGCACUGCAUACCAGGGUUACGGAGUUGGCAAGAUCCUGGCUAAGCAGUUGGAGGCCAUGGCGCGCGAGCAAGGGUUCAAGUACAUGUGGUUGGGUGUGUGGGAGGAGAACCACAAGGCUCAGAAGGUGUACGAGAAGCUCUGCUAUGAAUUGGUUGGUGACCGCGACUUCGUCGUUGGCGGGGUUGUGCAAACCGGUCUUAUCAUGCUGAAAGAGCUGUGA